GUGACGGGCAACGCCGGCGAGCGCCAUCUUAGCUGAGGGCAGCUUCGGCUUCAGCCCGGCAGAGAUCACAGGGAGGCGGCCGCCAGCUUGACUGAGGGCACUGAGGGGAGGGUGAAAAAAAAAAAAAAUCACUCAAAACACCCAAGAGCGGCUUUAAACCCGCAGCGGCUCCCGCGAGAGGCGGGACGCCGUGAGGGGCAGCUGUCGGCUGGCAGCGGGGGCUGCAGGGCGGCAAGUCCCGUGAGCGGCGGGGGGCUGCGGGGCACCCUCCGGGGCCAUGGGGAGGAUCGGGCUGCAGCUCCGCGCCACGCUGGAGAACAUCACCCGCCUGCGGGCCGAGGGCGAGGACUUCCGCUGGUACCUCAAGCUGAAAUGUGGGAACUGUGGAGAAGUUUCUGAAAAAUGGCAGUACCUGCGAUUGAUGGACAGCGCUCCCCUGAAAGGAGGCAGAGGAAGCGCCACUAUGGUGCAGAAAUGCAAGCUGUGCUCCAGGGAGAACUCCAUUGAUAUUUUAAGUCAGACGAUCAAACCUUACAAUGCUGAAGACAGUGAGAAGUUCAAGACAAUAGUGGAGUUUGAAUGCCGAGGUCUGGAACCAGUUGACUUUCAGCCACAGGCAGGGUUUGCUGCUGAAGGUGCAGAGUCUGGUACACCUUUUAAUGACAUAAACUUGUUAGAAAAGGAUUGGAAUGACUAUGAUGAAAAAACAAAGGAAUCUGUUGGAAUCUAUGAAGUUACCCAUAAAUUUGUGAAAUGCUAACGUUCAUUCCACUCGUAAACCUUGGUAUGCUUAUUGAUGAGGGAGCUGUAACCAUCAGAGACAGUUUCCUUGGAGUUACUUUUCACACGGCUGUACUUCGGAAAUAUAAACUUCAGUAAGUGACUGUCCUCAGAACAUCUAAUAAAAGAUUUUUCACAGAGCA